GUGUGGCGGCGACCGGUCGCGACAGGCCAACUAGUCAGUGCAUCAAUAGCUUAUGGACCGGUCGUAGUUGUUAAGCAAUCGCUCCUUAUUAGUUUGCGUUAUUAUCUGUUAUUUUAUCACAGCGAAAAAUUUCUAAAAAAUUUUGGUGAAAUUUUAUUCAUUUUUUACAUUUAUAAUUUUUUUCAUUUUUAAAACAUAAAAGUUUGGUGUUUUAUGUUCGUGUUUGACAUUUAAAAGGAUAAAUAUAUUAAAACUAAUUUUAGUGCGUUUGAUAUUAAAUAUCGGGGUGUGUCUGAUGCUGGUUUCAUGAUGAAACACGACAGUCAACACCCGGAAAUUAUUACGGAUGGCAAAGCAAAGCCGUUCAAGAAGAGCAUCAGUUUGGGAUCCUUUGGCUUGGGUAAGAUAUGGCGAAGGCGAUCUGUAACUAUCACAGAAUACGACCCUUGCUACAAGGUUGUCUACCUGGGCAAUGUUCUCACCGGAAUCGCUAAAGGUGAAACUUGUGUAGAAAAACCUUUAUGUAGUCUGUGGAAAAAUUAUACGUGUAAUCAGAAACCGGAUGUGCACAUGAAGUUGACCAUUACACAGUCAGGUCUAAAAGCGUUCACUAAGGAACAUGGUUUGACUGAAUAUUGGAGUCAUCGUAUCACAUAUUGUCUGGCAUCACCACAAUUUCCGCGAAUAUUCUGUUGGGUAUACCGACACGAAGGUCGCAAACUCAAACAAGAACUUAGGUGCCAUGCUGUAGUGUGUUCAAAAGAAUCUGUAGCUAAACAGAUAGCCAGCCAGUUGCAGAGCAGAUUAGCGCAAGCGUUGAACGAGUUCAAAAGAGACAAGAUCAGUCGACAAAAUGCCCGUCUGUCUUUGGCUAAUAGUGUGUAUGAGAAUCCAUCAUUACCACGGCGUAAAAUAUUGUUAUCGACGGGAUCACACAACUACAGGCCUCCUUUAGAACGGUCCAAGUCAGCUCCUAGAUUGAUGGCAAUUGAAGAAAGUCUUGAAGAGGACGAAGAAUCUGCAGACAUGCCAUUCAGAAGAUGUCGAGCAGAAAAUCGUUUGCGGACCGGUACCCUCAGGAAUCGGUUGGGUGGUUUACAUGGCCUUAAAGAGUCAGCUAUGACGGAUAUCGAAAGUAGACUCGCUGUCACCCAAUUGGUCGAAGAAGAUCCAAUUGAUGAGAAAACCACUGUGGCUCCCGAGCCGUUACCUGUACCCACCGCAAUUAAUGACUGUUGCGAACCCGAGUUACCUCUAUACAGAGACAUUGUGAGUAACCCGGAAAACUUGUUGGUUUGUAGCAACUUACCUAAGUAUAACGAGGUGAUAGUUGACUGUCCGCAAGGUCCAGAUGACAUGUGCUAUAAGUACAACAGUUUGGUUCGGGAUAGAAAGAAACUAUUUGAAGGUAUUAGUGGUGGUCAGUAUGAUGUGCGAUCCAAGCGGCAUAGUGCAGAUUCUGAAACGCUCAGAUUGUACCACAACUUGGUUAAGAACAGAAAAAUGAUGUUCGAAGGUUGCCAAGACUAUUGUGACGAGGAGGAAGAAGAAGAGGACUGUUGUGGAGAGGAUAAAGACUGUGGGUAUCCAGACGAUGAGUCUACACCCAGCUUGCAGAGCAUAUCUAGUGGCGGAUCAGACGUGUCUAGCAUAAAGAAAAGAACGGUAGACUUGGAUUCGUUAUCCGAAGAAGAUAGCGAUGAAAGUGGGUACGUGGAAGCUCCGCCAUCUUGCUCGAGUCAUGAGGAUAAACAAAAAGAUGGGUCCCAUAAACGUAUAGUCACUAAUCGAACCCUUACCACUAGAAAGACACAUUGUAUUAGCUUAUAAUAUCGUCAAUAAAACCAUAUUCACGGAUCUAUUUCAAAUAUAUCUACGCCACCGAUACUAUUAUAAUUAUAAACACUAAAUCAUUAUUGUACCAUAUCUCUUCGACAACAUCACAGUGUUAGUUGGUUGUAUUGAUCGACGAAUGUGGAUGCAGAAAACGGCAGAAGAAAAGCAAAAUUAUUAUUUUGAACUCUUGCUCUUCUAAAUAUCAACUCUAAAUAUGUUCAAUGUGAACAUCACUUAACAACCGAACAAAUUAGAUUUUUGUUUAAAAUAGUAACUACUAUUUAAAUCAAAUUCACAAAUUCAUCAGUUUUUUUACUGAGUACAUAUUGUAUAUUUUAACUUCUCAACCAUUAUUUUUAUAUUUUACUAAUUAGUAUGUUUUUAUGGCUUACUGUCAACUUUUUAUCGCAAAAGUAAUUAUUAUAUGCAUACAAACUAUUAUUCUUGUUAUAUGUACAAUGUACAUAUUAAAUAUGUGUAAAUAACAUUUAUCGACCUAGUCAAGCAAUUGUAUUAUUAGAGAUUAGUAUUAUAUAAUAUCUAAUAUUAUAGUAAAUCAAACAUUAGGAUCACUUAAUAGAUUUAGAACCAACUUUGGCCUAUUCAUUGCAAUUAGAUGGUUUGUGUUAAAUAAUAUUAAUGAUUUUUUCAAUUUCUAAUAAUAAUAUUAUUAACAAAUUUUGACAAUUUCUCCAUUUAACUCGACUGGGUAACUAAUAUUAUAAAAAUAGGUGCUAGCUAAUUUUAAUAGAUAAUUCACAGAAUAUUAUUUUUAUGUAUAAAUGUAUGCUGUUUACAAAAAUUAAAUUAAAACAAAACGCAAUAUAAUUGUAUUUUGUACAUGUUACUCUUAGUAGUGUUUGUGGGAAAAGUUUGAACUCAUUUUUUGUGUGCGUCUUAUGUACACAGUAAAAUAUGUUAACAUCUCAGGCGUUUGAAAAUUAGUCUAACGUUCCUAUGAAUUCUAUCUGAAAAUUAAAAAUAAUAAUAAAAAUGGGUUUCUAAUUAAACAUUACCUUAAAAAUACUAUGUCAAUGGCCUAUAAUAAAUAUUUUGUUAUUAUAAUAAUAUAACUUUACGUGUAUUGCACAUCGUGUUUGGAUUGUAAAAAAAAGUUAUUUAUUAUUUAACAAUAGGACUUCCUUGUUGCGUUUUUAGUGUUAUCGAUCCAAAAGAAUCAGGAAAUUAAUUGAUAAAUAAUUUAUGUUCUAAUGUCGUAUGUUAUAUGUUGUAUUAAGUUAAAUAAACAAAAAAUUGAGAAUAUAUUUACGUGUAUUUUUGUUAACUGAUGUGUUAGAGACUAUGAUAUUUAUGUACCAAAUAGACGUUUUAUGUUUUUAUUACAGUAUAUUAUAAUAUCUUACAUUAAACCUGUGCGUGUUUUAUAUAUUAUUGAUUUACUUAUUA